AUGUCGAACAAGGCCUCCUCGUCUCCCCCAACCAACCCCACCGCAACCCCUCCGCCACAUUCAGUCCCGACCCAGCAACGGAGCGCGAAGUCCUGCGCAGAUUCGACUUGCGCAUCCUACCCAUCCUCGCGAUCAUGUACCUCUUCAACUCGCUCGACAAGUCCAACCUGGGCAACGCCAAAACCGGCGGCCUGGAAAAAAAACACUCAAUCUCGGAUCUCCAACCAAUACAACAUCGUGCUCUCGGUCUUCUUCGUCCCCUACGUCCUCACCGCCCCCUUCUUGGGGAUCCUAGGCAAGAAAGACGGGCCCCUCACGCGUCCUGGCGAUCAUGAUGUUCUGUUUUCGGCUUCGUCACGCUGA